ACUGGCUGCCAAUCGGUCUAUCGAGUAUCCGGCGUAGAGUAUCGUUCGGCGAGUGGAAGCUGAUGCAAUUUUGUGAAUAUUUAAGGGAUUUAAGGCCAGUUCUCAGUAAAAUCUUAGUCACAAAUCAAUCAAGAUGCCCGCCGACCAGUUGGCUGAGUUAAGCUUGGGUGCUAUCUUCACGUCGGAAAAGAAGGGCAGCGAUGAGUCGGGCGAUGGCAGUGAGUCAAAGCCCUUCAAGACCAUCCUGCAGGCGAUGCGUCACGCCGGCAAGGAGCCCUUCCCCACCAUCUACGUGGACAGCAAGGAUCCCAAUGCAGCGGAGCCCUUUGAAGUGGCUGCCAAGUCGCAGCUGAAGAAGAUCCAGAAGCUGUUCGUCCGGGAGUCGCACAAGAACGCCGAGAAGCAGCAACGCGAGGCGGACGACGCGGAGAAGCGCCAGCAGAAUCUGGAGGAGGCGCGCAAGGUCAAGAUCUCGGAGGACCCCAGCCUGCCGGUGGCCCGCAAAAUUCGCAUCCUCGAGGGCACUGCCAACCGGGAUUCGCGUGUCAAGAUCUACGGCUGGGUGCAUCGCCUGCGGCGUCAGGGCAAGUCCCUGAUCUUCAUCACCCUGCGCGACGGCACCGGUUUCCUGCAGUGUGUGCUCAACGAUCAGCUCUGCCAGACCUACGAUGCCCUCACCCUGAGCACGGAGAGCUCUGUGGUGCUGUUCGGCACACUCAAGUUGGUGCCAGAAGGCAAGACCGCUCCUGGCGGCCAUGAACUCAACGUGGACUACUGGGAACUGAUUGGUCUGGCUCCGCCCGGCGGUGCCGAUGCCAUUCUCAACGAGGAAGCCCAGCCCGAUGUGCAGCUGGACAACCGGCACAUCAUGAUCCGUGGCGAGAACACCUCAAAGGUGCUCAAGAUGCGAUCGGUGGUGACGCAAGCAUUCCGUGCCCACUACGAGGCGCGGGGCUACAACGAGGUGACGCCCCCGACUCUGGUGCAAACCCAGGUGGAAGGAGGCUCCACUCUUUUCAAGCUGCAGUACUUCGGCGAGGAGGCCUACCUCACCCAGAGCUCGCAGCUGUAUCUGGAGACCUGCCUGCCAGCCUUGGGCGAUGUCUUCACAAUUUCCCAGAGCUACCGCGCGGAGCAGAGUCGCACCCGCCGGCAUUUGGCUGAAUACUCACACGUCGAAGCCGAGUGUCCCUUCAUCACGUUCGAUGAUCUGCUGGACCGUCUGGAGGAUCUGGUCUGCGAUGUGGUGGACCGCGUUCUGAAAUCCCCGUGGGGCUACUUGGUCAAGGAGCUUAACCCCGACUUCAAGCCGCCACAGAAGCCAUUCCGUCGCAUGAACUACGAAGAUGCCAUCAACUGGCUGAAGGAGAACAACGUGACCAAGGACGAUGGCACCUUCUACGAGUUCGGCGAGGACAUUCCCGAGGCUCCGGAGCGCAAGAUGACCGACACCAUCAAUGAACCCAUUAUGCUGUGCCGUUUCCCGGCGGAGAUCAAGUCCUUCUACAUGCAGCGCUGCAAGGAGGACCAGCGUUUGACCGAAAGCGUGGACGUGCUGCUUCCAAACGUGGGCGAGAUUGUGGGUGGAUCGAUGAGGAUCUACGACAGCGAGGAGUUGCUCAAGGGCUACGCCCGCGAAGGCAUCGACCCUAAGCCCUACUACUGGUACACUGACCAGCGCAUCUACGGAACUUUGCCCCACGGCGGCUAUGGUUUGGGACUGGAGCGCUUCCUCUGCUGGCUGCUCAACCGCUACCACAUUCGGGAGGUCUGCCUGUACCCUCGAUUCCUCGACAGAUGCAAGCCCUAAGCAGUGGAAGAGGAGCUCCUCCAUUCAGCCAGCAUUUACAACAGUUGGAUAAUUUGCAUAAUUUUAGCUUCAGCUAUUCAGAAUAAAAUUUAUUAUACUACUCUGUAUAACAACUAUCCAAGAAUAAAGGCCGCGCCUGCGCUUCAUUGAAAUGAAUUAAAAUGAACUAAUACAUCGAA